UGGAGUGCCCGCUGCGGCGCGGCAGCGAUCUCAUGCCCCUCCGGCGCUGGGCUGGGCCGGACGCGGUGCCCUCAGUCGGGGAGGGGCGGGUGCUGGGCCGGGAACCCCGGGAGGCCCGUCGCCGCCCCCCUGACGCACGAGGGGCGGUGCCGGGGCUGCCCCUCCAGCCAGUGCCCGGCUGGGCUCUGACCGACGGUCCUGCUUCUCGCUGAAGUCUCGGACUCCCAGCAUCCUCCCCCGGAGCCGGGGCGCCUGCUUCUCCGACUGCUGGCCUGGCUGUGCUUCUGGGUGGCGAUAAAGGAGCUGUCGGUGGCCUUCGCCCCGUCCUGAGGGGCCCAGUCUUGGGCUGAAUGGCAGCACCCCCGUUGGGCUGUCUGGUGCUGACCCACGUGCUGGUCGCUCUCUUUGGCAUGGGCUCGUGGGCUGCCAUCAACGGGAUCUGGGUACAGCUGCCAGUGGUGGUGAAGGACCUUCCCGAGGGCUGGAGUCUCCCCUCGUACCUCACUGUGCUUGUGGCACUGGGCAACCUGGGUCUGCUGGUGGUGACCCUGUGGAGGCGCCUGGCUCCGGGCAAGGGCGAGCGGGCCCCCAUUCAGGUGGUACAGGCGCUGAGUGUGUUGGGCACAGCCCUGCUGGCCCUGCUGUGGCACCGUGUGGCCCCCGUGGCAGGGCAGCCUCACUCUGUGGCCUUCCUAGUGCUUGCCUUGGUGCUGGCGCUGGCCAGCUGUGUUUCGAAUGUCACUUUCCUCCCCUUCCUGAGCCACCUGCCACCUCCCUUCCUGAGGUCCUUUUUUCUGGGCCAGGGCCUCAGCGCCCUGCUGCCCUGUGUGCUGGCCCUGGUGCAGGGCGUGGGCCGCCUCGAGUGCCCACCAGCCCCCACCAGUGGCCCCCCCGGGCCCCCCCAUGACUUCCCAGAACGUUUUCCUGCCAGCACCUUCUUCUGGGCACUGACCGCCCUUCUGGUAACUUCAGCAGCCGCCUUCCAGGGUCUCUUGCUUUUGCCAUCACCACCGUCCUUACCCGCGUCGAGCCCAGGGCCUGGCCCGCGGCCAGGAGCCCCAGGAGUGGAGGAGGAGGAGGAAGAGGCCUUGCCACUGCAGGAGCCGCCUAGCCAGGCAGCAGAUGCCACCCCUGGCCCAGACCCUGGGGUCCAUCGGCUCCUCUCCGCCCACAGUGUCGGCCUGCUGGGCCUGCUGGCCAUCACCAAUGCACUGACCAAUGGCGUGUUGCCUGCUGUGCAGAGCUUUUCCUGCCUGCCCUACGGGCGCCUGGCCUACCACUUGGCCGUGGUGCUGGGCAGCGCUGCCAACCCCCUCGCCUGCUUCCUGGCCAUGGGCGUACUGUGCAGGUCUUUGGCAGGACUGGUCAGUCUCUCUGUGCUGGGUAUUCUCUUUGGGGCCUACCUGAUAGCACUGGCAAUCCUGAGCCCCUGCCCACCCUUGGUGGGUACCACUGUAGGCGUGGUCCUUGUGGUGCUGUCAUGGGUGCUGUGUCUGGGUGUGUUUUCAUAUGUAAAGGUGGCCGCCAGCUCCCUUCUGCAUGGUGGGGGCCGGCCAGCAUUGCUGGCAGCUGGUGUGGCUAUCCAGGUGGGCUCCCUGCUUGGGGCUGUCGCCAUGUUCCCUCCCACCAGCAUCUAUCAUGUGUUCCGCAGUGGGAAGGACUGUGUGGAUCCAUGUGGCCCCUAAGCCUGGGCAGGUGAGGGCAGGGUGAGGUCCCCACCUCAGGCUGGGGCUGCCACACAGCCCCCAGGCCCGAGGCCCAGGGAGGCCCUCCGCACGCACAGGUACACUCAUGGACACCUGCACACUCCACAGAGGCCCUGGCACUCAGGCCAGGUGGGGACCAGAGCCAGGGCCUGGCUGGGGCUGUGGACUUGACCCUUGCCCCGGAACCUAUGUGGGAUUUGCAAAAUAAAGCAGUUUUAUUCCAUGA